AUGCGGGAGGCCCCCGGGCCGGAGGAGUCAGAGCCCGAAGCGCAGUGCGCGGGGUCCUGCCACGCGCAGCGCGUCCUGCAGACCCUCAACGCGUACCGGCGGAGCGGCACCCUCACCGACGUGGUGCUGCGCGCCGGCGGCCGCGACUUCCCGUGCCACCGCGCGGCGCUCAGCGCGGGCAGCGCCUACUUCCGCAGCCUGUUCGCAGGCGGGCGGCCCGAGCGUGGCCUGGCCGUGGUCCCCGUGGUGCCGGUGGCGCCCGACGCUCCGGGCGCGGGGCCGGCCGGGGCGGCGGCGGCGCUGGCCGUGGUGCUCGACUACGUGUACGGCGCGGGCGUGCGGCUGCGCGCCGAGGACGAGGCGGCCGCCGUGCUGGCGCUGGCAGAGCGGCUGGGCGUGGCGGGCCUGCGCGAGGCCUGCGUGCGCUUCCUUGAGGGUCGCUUGCGCGCCGCCAACAGCCUGGCGCUGCGCCGCGUGGCGGCGGCCUUCUCGCUCACCUCGCUGGCCGAGCGCUGCGGCCGCGUCCUGCGCCAGGCCUUCGCCGAGGUGGCGCGCCACGCCGACUUCCUGGAGCUGGCGCCCGACGAGGUGGCGGCGCUGCUGGCCGACCCCGCGCUGGGCGUGGCGCGCGAGGAGGCAGUGUUCGAGGCUGCCAUGCGCUGGGUGCGCCACGACGCACCGGCCCGCCGCGGGCAGCUGCGGCGCCUGCUGGAGCACGUGCGCCUGCCGCUGCUGGCGCCCGCCUACUUCCUGGAGAAGGUGGAGGCCGACGAGCUGCUGCAGGCCUGUGGAGAGUGCCGCCCACUGCUGCUCGAGGCCCGCGCCUGCUUCAUCCUGGGCCGCGAGGCUGGUGCGCUGCGGGCCCGGCCGCGGAGGUUCAUGGACCUAGCUGAAGUGAUCGUGGUCAUCGGCGGUUGCGACCGCAAGGGUCUCCUGAAGCUGCCCUUCGCCGAUGCCUACCACCCAGAGAGCCAGCGCUGGAUCCCAUUGCCCAGCCUGCCCGGCUACACGCGCUCGGAGUUCGCGGCCUGUGCUCUCCGCAACGAUGUCUACGUCUCCGGAGGCCACAUCAACAGCCGUGAUGUGUGGAUGUUUAGCUCCCAUCUGCACACCUGGAUCAAGGUAGCCUCGCUGCACAAGGGCAGGUGGAGGCACAAGAUGGCAGUUGUGCAGGGACAGCUGUUCGCGGUGGGCGGCUUCGACGGCCUGCGGCGCCUGCGCAGCGUGGAGCGCUACGACCCCUUCUCAAACACCUGGGCGGCCGCCGCGCCCCUCCCGGAGGCCGUGAGCUCUGCCGCGGUGGCUCCCUGCGCUGGUCGGCUCUACGUGAUCGGGGGCGCCGGGCAGGACGGCGCCAACACGGACAAGGUGCAGUGCUUUGACCCCAAGGAGGACCAGUGGAGCCUGCGGUCACCAGCACCCUUCUCACAGAGGUGUCUCGAGGCUGUCUCCCUCGAGGACACCAUCUACGUGGUGGGGGGCCUCAUGAACAAAAUCUUCACCUACGAUCCUGGCACAGAUGUCUGGGGGGAGGCAGCUGUCCUCCCCAGCCCUGUGGAGAGCUGUGGCGUGACUGUGUGUGACGGGAAGGUCCACAUCUUUGGCGGGCGGGAUGAUCGAGGGGAAAGCACCGAUAGGGUCUUCACUUUUGAUCCCAGCAGUGGGCAGGUGGAGGCCCAGCCAUCCCUGCAGCGCUGUACCAGCUCCCACGGCUGUGUCACCAUUGUCCAGAGCCUGGGCAGGUGACUCAGACUUAGCCUGAGCCAGGAGGAGGAGAGGCAGGGGGAACACAGGCACACCUCUCUGCUCCCCUCAUGGCACCUCCAUGUAAAUAGCCCCUUAAUUUAUUGUCCCCUUUUCUUGUAGAAAUAAAACUUCAUUGGGUCUGUGUUCCAGCUUGAGCCUGCUUUGCCUAGAGACGUAAU